UCGACUUUCAGGAGUAAAAAGUCGAUUUUGGUCGAAAUUCGAAGUGGACUUUGCCAUUCCUAUUUUCGGCAUUUCUAGUUAACUGUUUUGGCUAUAUUGGAAUGUUUACAGAGAGCUUUAAAUAUUUUAAAAGAAAAUCUCCUUUGCCGGACUUUAGCUCUGUAAUUGAUCUCGAUAGCAAACCGUCAACUGCGGAGGUUAGACGAAUAGAUCUAAGUUCUCAAGAUAUAAUUGAGCAUUUUCCUGGUUUAGAACCAGCGAAGAAAUGGCUCUGCUUCGCACUCUCCUCUUCAGGCAUUAUUGUAAUACGGAAUCCAUUCACCUUACAAGGAAAACGUUACUGGAUUAGUCGAUGUGUUCAAGAUUACCCCCGACAUCCAAAUAUAAAUAAUCUUAACCCGCACCUUUUUCCCAACGAUGUAUUAAAAGAUUGGUGGUGUGCUCUUCAAAAAUGUAGCGAUCCAGAUGAAGUUCGUCGAAUGAGCAUUUCAAUGCGGUGGUCUACGCUUGGAUACCACCACGAUUGGGAUUCAAAAAAGUACGCAGAAGAAAAACAUGGUGAAUUCCCGGAAGACCUUGCGUCGCUUAGUGCAUAUUUUGCGAAUGCCUUAGGUUUUCAAGACUAUGAAGCACAAGCAGCUAUUGUUAAUUUUUAUCCAAUAGGCACAACCCUGUCUGCUCAUACUGAUCAUUCAGAACCUAACAGGACGGCGCCUUUAUUUUCGAUAAGCUUCGGACAAACAGCCAUAUUUUUAAUUGGUGGAAAAACGAAAGAAGUUACACCUUUAGCCAUUUACUUACGCAGCGGAGAUGUGCUUGUAAUGUCUGGUGAAUCACGUCUAUUCUAUCAUGCAGUACCCCGAGUAAUGAAAGCUCGGGAUGAACCGUGGAAUAAUUUAGUACCUACAACGACCGCAAAAACUUUACAUCCUCCGAGUUGUAAAAAACCGAAAAUCGGACCCGAAUUUGUAACAGAAAAAAAUGCGUUUGGAAUAGACACAUUGUUGUACCAAAAAGUUGCCGACGAAUCGUACUGGGAACCCUUUAAAAAGUACUUAGAUUUUUCACGUAUUAAUAUUAACGUGCGGCAAGUAUUAAACAAGGACCAAACUUGCCUUCCAACACUAGAAAGUUUAGAAACUAUAGUUGACGGUGAUAAGGAAAUACUCUCAAAUUGUGCAAGGUGAAAAUAUUAGUUGAGCUUAAAAUUUGUUUUACAAU